CGCGAAGAGAAGAUCCGGGGGAACGAUGUAAAGGUAAAAAUCGAGCAAGCGAACGAAGAAAGGGUCGAACGUUGAAAAGAGGUGGAUAGUUGAGCUCGGAACGAAAACCCGUGUUGGAAGGACAACAGGUGGAGGGAAGGUGUUCUCGUUGGAUCGAAGAAAGAAAGAAAGGUAGUCGAUCGAACGAGGACGAAAUGACUGGUUGACUGGAAGAGUGGAGGCACAGAGCGAGAAGGAACACCGUCGGACCAGCUCGACUCUGCACGCUUCCGACCGCUUCAGUCUCGCGUCAGGACUCGAAAGUCGCGGAGGACCGGACGACGAUCUUGCCAGGAAAGCGGCCUCCUCUUCAGCCGAUCGUGUCCUCGCGAGGGUCGAAAUUCUCCACGAUCGAUCGACAACCACGAGUCUGUGUCAGAAAUUGUGCGCUCUUCGCGUUUACUCGGCUUUUCUCUCUAUUGUGUUUGUGUGCUGGUGACCAUUUAUCUUCGUGAUCGCACGGGUCCGUAAUCGCUUUCGAUUAAAUCGGUACAUCGAUGAUACCGGUCGAUCCUGGCACCUCGAUGACAUCAAUGUCCAGCCAGGAUUACACUUAGAGGAUUAAAGUGGAAAUACGAAGAGGAACAAUCGAAGCGACGGGACAGCAGGAGGUGGUCUGUUGAACACGAACUCUCUAGGAAACAUGCAGAACACCGGGGACAGUACUUUAGACAUGACGAUGACGACCAGCACGAUGCUGGCGACCCCGGGGUUGAAUAACCCUACGUGGAAUCGUCAACAGGCGGUCAGCGUCAGACACGCGUUCAAAACCUAUGGCAGUAGUAAAAAUCCGAACCACGUUAUACAGAACCUCAACAUGACGGUGGCCAAAGGAUCCAUAUACGGUCUUCUGGGAGCUAGCGGAUGCGGUAAAACCACCUUGCUCUCUUGCAUCGUCGGUCGAAGAAGAUUAAAUUCUGGCGAGAUCUGGGUUCUCGGUGGUAAACCGGGUACCAAAGGGUCCGGAGUGCCUGGAAAGAGGGUUGGUUACAUGCCGCAAGAAAUAGCCUUGUACGGAGAAUUUACGAUUCGGGAAACUAUGAUGUACUUUGGCUGGAUAUUCGGCAUGGACACCUCCGAAAUCGCCGAAAGGCUACGAUUUCUGUUGCAGUUCUUGGAUUUACCUUCUCAGAAUCGACUGGUGAAGAAUCUCAGCGGUGGUCAGCAGCGACGAGUGUCCUUCGCGGUUGCCUUGAUGCACGACCCUGAACUCUUGAUCCUGGACGAACCCACCGUAGGUGUGGAUCCUCUGCUUCGACAAAGUAUUUGGAAUCACUUGGUUCAAAUCACGAAGGAUGGUAACAAAACCGUGAUCAUAACUACUCAUUACAUCGAGGAAGCCAGACAGGCACACACGAUUGGUUUGAUGAGGAGCGGUCGAUUGUUGGCCGAGGAAUCACCCAGGGCUCUCCUGCAGAUGUACAACUGCGCCUCCCUGGAAGAAGUCUUCUUGCAGCUCUCGCGAGUGCAAGGACAGUAUGCUCAACCACCGAUGGAAUUAAAUAUCUCGAAUAACAUUAGCUUGGCAUCCUUGAAUUGGGGCAAGAAGAACGAACCGGUGUACGUGACCGAGGAGUCAGGUGUCGUGGGGUUGAACUUCUAUCAGAGCAAAGAAGUCCUCAUCCAUGAUUCCACGAACGGGGUUGGAAACCACUACGAUCAGAUGAACGGGAGACCACUGUCGAGCCUCAAGAAGUCCUCGAAGUUGGGUUGCGACGACUGCAGUAGUUUCGCGGAUUGCUACAAGUUUACGAACAAAGGGAAAAUGAGAGCGCUCUUACAGAAGAAUUUCUUGCGUAUGUGGAGAAACGUAGGGGUGAUGCUGUUCAUUUUCGCACUGCCAGUGAUGCAAGUGAUCCUCUUCUGUUUGGCAAUCGGAAGAGAUCCAACGGGAUUGAAAUUAGCGAUAGUUAAUCACGAAAUGUUUUACGGAAACAUGUCCUGUCCGGUAACGGACGAUUGUAACUUCUCGCAUCUCAGCUGUCGGUAUUUGAAAUUCUUGGAUAACGAGACGAUGACAAAGGAAUAUUACGAGGAUCUUGACGCUGCUAUGGGCGCGGUACGGGACGGAAACGCUUGGGGGACACUGUAUUUCACCGAGAACUUCACGGAUGCCCUUGUCGCCAGAAUGGCGCUAGGAAGAGACGCCGACGAAGAGACGUUGGACCAGAGCGAGAUCAGAGUGUGGUUAGACAUGUCCAAUCAACAGAUAGGUCUGAUGUUAGCCAGGAAUCUUCAGUAUUCGUACAGAGAUUUUGCCAAAGAUCUUUUGAAAUCCUGCGAGCAGAAUACGAAACUAGCCGACGUACCGAUACAGUUUAAGGACCCCAUUUACGGCACCGACGAACCCAGUUUCACCGACUUCGUGGCGCCAGGUGUCAUUUUGACUAUCGUCUUCUUCUUGGCAGUGGCUCUCACUUCCUCGGUUCUAAUCAUCGAAAGAAUGGAGGGUCUACUGGAUAGGAGUUGGGUAGCUGGUGUCACACCGGGAGAGAUUCUCUUCUCGCACGUGGUUACGCAGUUUGUGGUGAUGUGCGGUCAGACAGCGUUGGUGCUUAUUUUCAUGAUUCUGGUAUUCAACGUCGAGUGCAAAGGAGACAUCGGUUGGGUGAUCGUACUUACGAUACUCCAGGGUCUUUGCGGCAUGUGCUUCGGGUUUGUAAUUUCAGCGAUUUGCGAACUUGAAAGGAAUGCGAUACAACUGGCUCUGGGCAGUUUCUAUCCUACAUUGCUGCUGAGCGGCGUGAUUUGGCCGGUAGAAGGUAUGCCAACGGUCCUGCGUUACAUAUCUCAGUGUCUACCCCUGACGAUGGCCACGACGUCGCUGCGUUCAAUGUUGACCCGCGGAUGGAGCAUCGAAGAACCGGACGUGUACAACGGCUUUAUAUCAACGAUCGUUUGGAUAAUCGCGUUCCUCACGAUAAGCAUACUGGUGCUCAAGUUCAAGCGCGGAUAAAAAGUUGAAUCGUGCUUGUCGCGUUCAUGCUUUGGCAAUCGCCACAUGCGGAAUAGAAAGUCAAGUUAGACACCGUUGUUUCUGCUCGAACUGUAUCGGUCGAUCAUCUGUGGAAACUCGAAGCGGAGGGAUCAUCGUUUCGAUAGCUCCUCAGGACGAUCUCGUUGUUGCGCCAUCCGUGCGUGGACCUCCAGAUACAUGUGAUGCUUAUUGUGCGCUUAGUGUAUUCUUUCGCGUGUGAAGAGUAAUUUGAAUGGUUGUGUGCGAUGCGUGUCUGAUUUUUAGGAAUUCUUUUACUUUCUUCCUCUUCUUUUUUUUUUCUUUCUAUGUUAAGUUGACCGUCUGUAAUAUAACUUUUAUCCACGGGGACGUACUUUGCCACGGAUAAUUUCUGCAGAAAGGAUACGUCGUUUCGUUCCUCGAACAUCGUGUAUGGAGUAAGUACAGAUUCGACGAAACGAGACGGUUGGUAAUCGGUGUAAUGUAUCCUGGUAAAUUUACUCCCCGAAUGUAAAUGGGAUCGUGUGUAGUAAGUUGUUAAGUUAACGAGUAGCGGAUUAGAUUUUAGGACAGUCUUACUUGCCCAUGACUUAAAUGUAUGUUUUAUUUAACUUUAACGAUCGCAAGCGCGACAGAGUAAGCAAGGAUAAUUCGUUUAAAGGAAACGAAGCGAGAGACUACCGUGAAAAUACUGGUAAACUGUACAUCUUGUAGGAAAUUCUCGAAACUUUGUAUAAAACAUUACCGAUUGUCGCAAGAAUUUUAAAAAUACGAAUCCACGCCAGUGUGCAAUAUGAUUUUUAGAACAGAUCGAACAUGUAUCAUAUUGUAGUAUACGAAGAAUUAUAAUGAUCACGUUUUACGUGUGGUCCAUGUUCUGGAUUAUUCACGUUUUAAAUAUGUUCAGAUACGUUUUUUUCACAGUCGAAUUUCGAUGUCUUAAACAAAUUCUAUCGAGGAUACAGCAGAAAGUGUAUAGAAGAGAAAAGGAAGAUCAAAAACAAUGUACAUUUUCGUUUUCUCUAAUUUUCCAUAUAAAAACAUUUACAAAAGAUACAAAACAU